AUGCCGAAGGAGCUGUUAGAAGUUGUGUUCUCAGAUUUAAAAAGUUGGUUGGACAGUACUAGUGGUAUCCCACCAUCACGUCGUCGCCUCUCUACCACUCGGUGUGUCCCAUGGGCUGUCAAAAGUGAGAAUGCUCAAAUCGAUAUUGAUGCAGGAUCACUACCACAAACUCCUAUCCAAAAAGUCAGUCAAGUCUUACCCACGGCUGAAGACAACAUGACGUGUAUCAAUUCACCGAGAAUCACAGAAGAACGUGAUGGUUCGUGCCCGUAUAUCUUCAACAUCAUUUCGGAUUUUGAGAGAGACUCGGGCAUCGAUAAUCGCUUGUCUUCUAACGAAAUGUCGACCCAUAAAUUUGACGGACGAGUCUUUACGGUGAUUGGUAUCGCAUUCGAAGAUAUACGGUACUCGAUGGGAUGUAUCAACUUUGUGAAUCAGCUAGUGGUAAAGCUUCCCACUGGAUGCCAUGCAGCCAAAGUGGCACAAGAGGAAGGUGUGGAAGCUCCUGUGGAAUAUCAAAACAUUCCUGGAAUUCCGUUCAAAAAGCUUCAUGGAGAAGAUGCUCUCCAAAAGUAUGGACAAACUGAUGAGCAUCCGGAGGUUCCAAAACUUUGGCGAAUUCAAGCAUUUUUCAAGACACCAGCCGUCCCCAUCGCGAAGACACCAGCCGUCCCCAGCGUCAAGACAUCAGCGGUCCCAAUCGUCAAGGUACCCCCACCAAUCGGAACGUUGGGAAGAAUCCCAAAGAAAAAGAAGACGAUGCGAGAUACCAGGGAGAAAAUGCUGGAUGACAUCCAAAAGAAGGAGCCACUUCAACUUGGAGAAAAGAAGAAGAACGUCCACGAGCUGCGGAAGAAAUCCCGGAAGGCCCCACCACAGGGUAACAGGAACCGGACAGCUCCAUAUAAUCCUAACUUUCGCCGUCCCCCUCUUCUUCCAACUCCUUCUCAUCCAACUCUUCUUCUUUCUACUCCUCAUCCUCAAAUUCGUUCUUUCCCUCCCCAGAAUUUCCCGAAACAGACUGCGUAUCCAUGUCCAUUCAAACGAUACGACUGGUUUUCUGCUGCUGCUCCCAUGUUCCAAGACGAUUCUGGAAUACUUAUUUUUAGUGGGGCCAUGGGAUAA